UACGAUAACUUACAGAGACAGCCGAUUUUUACGACCCAGCAAGAGGCCGAGCUGGUACAAUAUCCUGACUGUAAAUCGUCCAGUGGUAAUAUUGGCGAGGACCCAGACCACUUAAAUCAGAGCUCGUCUCCUUCUCAAAUGUUUCCCUGGAUGAGACCACAAGCAGCUCCUGGUAGACGGAGAGGAAGACAAACCUACAGCCGAUUCCAAACCCUAGAGCUGGAAAAGGAAUUCCUUUUUAACCCUUAUCUGACCAGGAAGAGAAGAAUCGAGGUCUCGCACACCCUGGCCCUCACGGAGAGACAGGUAAAAAUCUGGUUCCAGAACAGGAGAAUGAAAUGGAAAAAGGAGAACAACAAGGACAAGUUCCCAGUUUCGCGGCCGGAGGCGAAGGACGGAGAACCCAAAAAGGAAGCCCAAGAGCUGGAGGAAGAUGGAGCCGAAGGCCCCACAAAUUAACUUCUAAGCUUUAAAUUUUUUUUUUACCACAGACUAUUAAGACUAACGAUCAGCAUAUGCUGGUGGAAACCUCCUUUCCCCUCUCUUCUUUUUUGGAAAGGACUUUACCUGUGUUUCAAGCUACCUUAAUGUCACUGCUCUUGAGGGUUCUGCGCUUUGAAAGGGAUUUGGGCGGUUUUUUUGUUUUUAAUAGUUUGUAGUAUCGCAUAGAAGCAGCCUUUGAGCUGCCCUACAGAAGGGUAAUUUGAUACCGACCUUGUAGCUAUAUUUUUAUAAUGGUAGUUUUUAAUGUCUGAGCUGGUGAUUUGCCUCAACAACGUAAACUUCCUAACGAUCAACACUAAAUGAUUGAAUAUAAAAUGCUUUAUUAAUCAAACAAGUGCACUUGAACAUUUUAAAUCUUUAUGGUGAGUAAAUGAGUAAAUUAAAAGAAGUCUAUUCAUAAUUUUAAAAAAUUAUGCCUGCAGAAUAUUUACUUUAUAUUAUGUGAUUAAAUGUAUUAUUUAUAUUUUUCUUUCUGCUUUUGUAAUGAUUGUUCAGAUGUCUUCUGGUUUACUUCCAGAAUGUUUCUUUGAGCAUUUUGUAAAUGUCUGUCAGGGAAGAGUCUGGGCCAAAUAUUGGAAAAGCACAUUAACUGAAGAGUGCAAUGUAUUGUUCAGACUCUGGGCUUCCUUAAACUUAGAAGAGUGUUGUGCCAGUGACUAGAGUUUAAAGGUAAUGUCAAAAUCGACAUUUAGCUGUGUUUCUGUAAUCCAUACAAAUUAUGGCAAUUUGAAUAAUCGAGAGAAUUAAUACUUGAAAACUAACUGCAACAUUUUCAUUAACUUUUCACUCUGGCAAGUGGCCUUGCUUUCAUUUUGAACCCUGCUUGUAAUCGCCUGGGAUUUCUAUGUCUCUAUGCUCCGUGUUUCUGCUUUUUCAAGUAGUUGCCAUAUUUAUCUGUAUUCUCUUUGCACUGCUCGCAUGUUCCUCCUAAGCCAGCUUGCUGUGUUCAUCUCAGAUGUCGGUUGGUACGUCCAUCCUCUGCUGUUUUUCAGGAAAGCCAUGACCUUACCUAUUUGAAACAAGCCCUGAGUGUAAAUGCAGAAACUCCGAGUGUAAACAACCGCCCCAGAGCAUAGCUCUUUAAUAAAGAAAUGUACCUCCUUAAAGAACA